UGGGUUCGAUUCGUCUUAGAGGUCACUCGCCACCAGACCGGCUAAAAUGAAAGAGCUGGUUAUCAGAUCGCACAUUGUGCUCUUAAAUGUCCUAUAUAUUCAUUAAAGAACACAUCGAGUCCUUUUUUUAGGAUUCUCAAUUGAAGGAAUUUCAGAGAUCAAAUCAUGAGAGAAAUAAUGAGGAGAACAGUCUGGGUGGUUACGUGCAUGUGCAGGACUGACACCCUAAUGAAACCAUUUAGCAAAUCACAAAGUAGACUCUUCACCAAACCUAAUACCAUUGGUGUUUGUUGUACAGCAGCAAAGUGGAUUUCAACCAGUGUAACCAACUCAUUUGUACACCAAAGACUACCUGUUGGGCAGAUGCAUGCUGCCCAUUUUCCAUAUAAAUUCAGCUUUCGGAGCACAGUUCGUGCACAUCGGAGGACAGAUAUAAUUAAUCUGGCUAACAGAUUAUAUUCGGUUACACCACCAAAACAAGUAAUGCCAGUAUCGUUAACCAAGCGACCACCAAAAUCUCCCAGGUCCAAACAGCCAUCCAGAACAAACCAACCACUUCUGUCAGAGACUACGGAUCUAAUGCAGUGCACAGCCUUUGCCACGGCUGAUGAAUAUCAUCUGGGGACCCUGAGCCACGACUUAGCAUCACAUGGCUACUUGGAAUUACCGAGCCUGCCAAGAGAUGCAUCAAAUGUAUUGCUCUUUGAAGUGGACAAUGGUGCCAAAGACACUGAUUCAGGGACGGUCUUUUUCUUCAGGGAAGGAGCCGUUGUAUUUUGGAAUGUGGAAGAAAGAAUUAUGAAGCAUACACUUCAGAUCCUAGAACGACAUGAGAUUCAGCCAUAUGAAGUGGCCUUGGUUCACUGGGAGAACGAGGAGAUUAAUUAUAGCUUUGGAGACGGACACACAAAGCUUGUUAAAGGGGAGAUAGUGCUGAAUACCCAGCUGGAAUUGGAAGAAGUGAUUUUAGAGAAGUUUGCCUUUUCCAAUGCCCUCUGCCUUUCUGUAAAGCUGGCAAUUUGGGAGGCCACCCUUGAUACCUUUGUUUCAUCAAUUCAAUCAAUCCCAGAGAUGCUGAAAGCAAGAAAAAAGGUCAAGUUGUCCCACGAUGAUGUUAUGCAGAAAAUUGGAGAGCUGUUUGCGUUAAGACAUCGAAUAAAUCUCAGCUCUGACCUCUUAAUAACUCCAGAUUUCUACUGGGAUAGGGAGAACCUUGAGCACCUAUAUGAUAAAACCUGCCAGUUUCUCAGCAUAAACCGCAGAGUGAAGGUAAUAAAUGAAAAACUUCAGCAUUGCACAGAACUGACAGACUUAAUGCGUAACCAUUUAAAUGAGAAGCAUGCGUUGCGAUUAGAAUGGAUGAUUGUCAUACUGAUCACUAUUGAGGUUAUGUUUGAGCUUGCAAGAGUCCUGUUUUAAAUGAAGGAUGUUGAUUUCAAAUUUCUCAUAAAAACACCAAAAAGCACCUUAUCAGAUGUGAGUGAAGAUUGGAUGGCGUAUUUAUGAAGCUCAUUAUAAUUUGAUGAAAAUUAUUAUUUGGGACUUUAGAUUUAUUAUUAUGUAUCAUGGUGUACAAUUAAUUUAGUUUAUAUUUAAAUUCUCUGGCCAAGCAGGAAAACAUCUGCUCAUUUGCAAUAUCUUUGCCUGAGUUGGGCCACUAUGACUGUAUGGCCCCAGGAUCAUCAUAUCACCUACACAGACAGCAUCAGCUGCAUUUUAAACCAGAUAGACAUCUGAUUGAUAAGUCAGGCAAUAAGAUGCCAACUUGGUCUGAAGGGGCCAAAUUGGAAGCUAUUGUCAGCCUAUGUAAGGCCAACUCUUAAUUAUCGGUGUUACAGAUUCCAAGGAAGCUUCCAACUCAGUUUUCUAGUCCAACCCACUUAUUGCGUCUGUGACUUCAGAUCUAAACCUAUAAAUGGUGUUAACUGUGAUCCAUGAAUUUAUUUCAUCUAGAUGUGUAGAAGCCCAAAUAAUGGUGUUGACUAGAACACUUUAAUGCAGCUUACAAGUAGAAUGCAGGGAAUCUUUAAACUAUAUGGAACAAAGGAUGGGUUGAUUGCUGGAGUCCUCUCAGAGGAUCAAAAUACACUUUCCUGGGGACUGGUUUUCUCUUAUAUGGGAAACACACUGCUCCACAGCAAGUUCAGACAAAAAACACAGGGGGCUCAUUUACGUACCUGUUAUCUUAAAUCAGUAAUCCCCAAUCAAUUGCUCACCAACCCCUUGGAUGUUGCUCUCAGUGCCCCCAAACCAGGUAGUUAUUUUUGAAUUCCUGGGCAAGUCUUGGUUGUAUAAAAACAAGAUUUCGUACCAAAUAAAGCCCCCUGUAAGCUGAUAGUGUGCAUAGAGGCUGCCCAAUAGCCAAUCGUAGCCCUUACUUGGCACCUCCAUUAACUUUUAUGGUGCUUGUGUUGCUCUCCAAGUCUUUUUACAUUUGACUUGGCUCACAAGUAAGAAAGGUUAGGGAUCCCUGUCUUAUAUAUUCUUAAAAAUAUAAUGGGGGAGGCUGUUAGGAUAAUGAUUUUAUAAAUGAUAAUGAUUUUAUAAACCUGUAUCCUUGUUAUAUAGGUCAUCAAACCAAAUAGAGGGCUAAACAGAGGGCUAAAGAUUGGUACACCCUUCCUAGUAGAAUUUAGCUAAUUCACCUUGCUGUCCAAAUGUUCUCUAACAAACAGGCUCUGGUUGCAAACGGCAUAUCAUUAUUUGAGUAUGUCACAUGGUACAACUGAAUAAGUAAAGGUAAAAAUCCAGAUAUAAGGAACAAUAUUUGAUGUGUAUACAUUUUUUUUUUUUUUUUAAUUCCUAUCACCUUUCAGGUUCUAACUGCAGGGACCAGAUAUCUUUUAUGUUCUAUUGUUUGUAUGUGCUGAAAUAAAAAUCAAAUUUUUUUAAUAAAGGUA